AUGUCCAGGCCAGGACGUGACAAUUCAAGGUGUUCAGCCAACGAUUCGUAUGUGCCAUUGAUCUUCUGCAACAUCCAAGGUGGCUCAAAUUAUGACCCGCCACAUCCAGAUCUGGAAGGUUAUCGAUUCAGGGCAGUCAAAGAGGAACAAAUUGAAGAAGAGAUACCCGAAGAGCCUCCUCGACUUGCUGUCCUAGAAGAAGCCACCCAAAAAGGAAUUGAAUCGGCCGUUGAGGAAGAUAUUGAGUCGACUUCGAUUGAAGAGGAAAUCACAAAUAAACGACGGGUAAGUCCUUGCAAUUAACAAAAAAAUUUUUCGGCGCUACGACUUUUCGGGUCAAAGACAGUUCGGAUCGCCUCGGUUCGUGGUUGUAUGCACGGCGGAGGCUAGGAGAAGGCUUAGUUAGUAGAAAUAAUAAGAUUGAUCGAGUUCUAGCGUAUCGCCUAUUUUGAGGUAUUUUACAAGUACUCACAUCAAAAAUAUCUAGAUAAGAGUUACGGAUCUUCAUUUUUUUGUAUGGAAUAGACAGAGGGUAUCUGAAAAAUUUACGGCAAAUUUCCCAUCAUACCCUUAUGAAAACUCAUAAAUUUUCAAUCUUCAGGGACGCCGAAAAGAUCCGCUGACGGAUAUUGUCUGCGAACACGCAUUGCCGUACGCGCAGUUUCUGAAGCCAGAGAAUCCGGAGCGAUUUCGCUACUAUCGUAUGAUUGCAUACGAAAUCAAAGCGAAACAUCCCCGGUUGGUGACGCCCGACUUCCCAAGAAAAGUUCAAGAGUUGUGGCGGAGAAAGGUCUUCAACACCAUAACCAAAGUCAAACUUCGAAGGCACAUCGAUGAGGUAAGGAAUGAGUAAAGUUUCUUGGAUUCAAAAACGGCUGUAGAAGGAGUAGAUUGUAAAAUACAUUUUGAAUUUUUUAGCAAGAUCGUCGAGUUCUUCAAGCUGUUGACUAUAAGUUUCCCGAGUCAUCGAGGACCUCCGUUUGCAGUGAGCUGAGCGAAUGUUCAUCGUUGAGGAGUUCCGUGUCUGUUUCAAAUUCGGAUCACAGCUCGCAAAUGCCACAAAAUCGACCAUCAACAUCGGUAUGCUUUCUGGCAUCAACAUCGGUAGUUAUCUUUUAUUCGUAAUCAAGCCAAAAGUUUACCUAACUUUCGUAUUUUAGCAUCACAAGAAACCGUUUGCCCUGAUUUCCAAACGGCAAAGUGAAAGACAACAAAAGCCGUCUGGUAGAGCCGCAAGAUCGACUACUGCACGCGCUGAGACCCAAGUUUCUCAAAGAAAUACCGACUCGGAGAACAACAGCGACACUACAAGUGAGAAUGAAGACUCUGAAGAAACCUUGUCCCCAAAUACACCAUCAACCUCACACUCAGACGUUGCAAAUAAUCAGUCGCAGCAAAACAGCCCCGCAGCAUCCAAUGAAGAAGUCGGUGAUGAUGUAAGCAAUAUAAAUGUCCAUUAAACGACGCUGUGACGAAAUAUAAUGCAGUAUCUUUACAGGCUCAAACCAACUGCUUUCCUCUGCCAAAAUGGUUCAAGUUGAUGGAAUAUUGCGAGCAAAAUAAUCGAAUUUUCCACGUGGAGAAGGAUGAGGUCGUAUUCGUCGACAAGGUUGACCCCAAAUAUGUAUUUCGAGUUCCUAUUGAAAGGAUUGAAUUUUGA